GGGACCUCUUGGGUGAAAAUCUUCUCCUUUUGCCACGUUGGCGGUGAUUUCUGGACGUGAAGUGUGUUUCUACUCCUGCUACAUGUUUAAGAUGUUCUGUGAUGGAGUCUUCACUAGAUGUCCCUUGUUUCCACCUAAGAACCACUGAAAUGUGAGGAGAGCAGGUACCUGAGCUGAGAGGCUCAUAGUUUUAUACCAUUUCUAGUAGGCUGAAUGAAUCACUCACCGUGCAGAAGAGUGAAUCUGUAGUGAAUUAUCAUUGUCUGCACUUCUUCUUAUUCAAUUGGGUCAUUAUUAACAAUAAUGGGGAUUACUUUAGCUAAAAGGAGUUUUAAAUGUGCCUCAGCCGUCUCUGAGAGGCAAAAACCCAGCAUGUGCAAAUGUGUUUUUAGAUGUUUGUUCAAAACAAACAUACCUUUAUCAUUUUUCCACAUCAGUUAGCGAUUUGCACUCCUUCAGGUAAUGUAAGUCUAUGAUUUAUCUUCUCUUAUCACAAGUAAAACACCUGAGAGCUACAAAUGUUAUAAAUCUGACACAAAAACAUGUUUGAACUCGCAGAACAUUUAAAGCAGGAGGUUGUGCAAAAUAAGGUGUGGCUCUCAGGUAGGUAGGCUUUAGGUAACUGUGUGAACUCGUUUCUCAGAAACAGUGCAAUCUAGCUUCACAGCUGAACGUUUUCAUCAGAGAGAGCGAUGAAGACAAUAACCUGAGCACGGCUGAGUGCUGAAGCCUGUCAUGGACAUGAGAAUAAAGGCAGAAAAUGGUGUCCAUCAGGAGACUUUUAGACAAAAAGAGGAUUUCACGGCACCAGUUCCAGUUCCUUCUCCUGCUUCUGGGAGCUAUAAGUUUUUUCUUCUACACAAAUAUAAAUGAAACUGGUUGGAGCACCACCAACAAACAGUUGAAUGAAUCAAAGGAAUUGCUUAUUCAAUUUAUCAGACAAAAUAUUAUCUCUCACUUCACAAAUGGAUCAGAAGUCGUUUCAAAGGUGAUCCAGCAGGUGGUUCAUCCACACUCUACCCGACCUACACCAGUCCCUUAUGUGUCUCCUGGACCCUACCUGGUGGAAUAUCCUUAUGAGUACCACUUCACCAUUAACGAGCCUCUGACAUGUGAGCAGGAGAAGCCAUUUGUGGUUCUGAUGGUUCCAGUGGCGCCGCAUAACAGAGCUCACCGUGAUGUGAUCCGCAGCACCUGGGGAAGCGAGAGGCUAGUUCUGGAUAAAGUGGUGAGGCUGUUCUUCCUGCUGGGGAUGCAAACUGGAGAUGAUGCACAGCAGGUCCACAAGCAGCUGCUGCAGGAAAGCAACGAGCACCAGGACCUGAUUCAGAGUGACUUUGUGGACUGUUAUAAGAAUCUGACCAUCAAGACCAUGGUGAUGCUGGAGUGGUUGGACUUGUUCUGCUCCAACGCCUCUUACGCCAUGAAGAUUGAUUCAGACAUGUUUCUCCAUGUGCCCAAUCUGGUCAAAAUGCUGUUAAACGCUCCCACAUCGAACUACCUGACUGGGCUGGUGGCGUAUAAUGGUGCUGUUUUAAGGGAUCCGUCCUCUAAGUGGUAUCUACCACCUGAGCUCUUCUCUCCGCCAGUUUACCCUCCUUAUGCUUUGGGUCUGGGCUACAUUUUAUCUCUAGAUCUCACUAAAAAGCUCAUUGAAGCAUCCAGACACGUUAAAGCUGUUUAUAUUGAAGACGUGUAUUUGGGAUUGUGUAUGAUGCACCUGGGAAUGAGUCCCACCAACCCCCCUGAACAGGGUUCCUUUCGUGUUUUGCCUUUGACUUACUAUCGCUGCACUUUCUCCGACAUCAUCGCCACCACAACUGAGCCGUACGUUGAUCGUGUGUGGCUGUGGACAGAGGUUAAAAGACAGAGUCAAUACUGCGCAUUGGUCAAAGAAAGAUAUCAAAAUGCCUCUUUUUUUCAAAAGAUUUUAAUCUUCCUUUUGAAGGUGGUAAACCUUUUUAUUAGUCCAAGAUAAAAAACAGUGUGCAGAAGAGAGUAAUACUUUUGUUUAUUAAGUAGAUGACAAAGAUCUGCUCACUUGUGUGCAGAUUGCUCCAGUUAGACAGAACCCGCUCCUCUAAUAGGGAAACUUCUUACAUUGACUCAACACGUCCUUCAAAGAAAUCUCUCUCUCUCUGCACACACACACGCUUGCACAAACACGCACACAGAAACACGAUUAUAGUAAUUAUUCUGGUGUACUGAUUCAGUCCCAUUUUUUUGUUUUUUGCUCAUUAUGUUUAUUUUACACUGGUAUUACUGGAGCAAUCUGAGUCUGUCUAAUAUAACCCAACAGUUGUAGAAGUGAAUCAUUGUAGAGCUGUUGCUGUUUGUCCCAGAAACCUGACGCUGCAGAUGACUACCAGUGCUUUCCCUGCCUGUACAGCUGCACUCACUCGGACUGAUCACCUCCUGAGCAACAUAAAAGGGAGAGCUGCUAGGAGGAAGGGAGAGGCUGGAUCUGUGCCAGUUCUCUCGCCUGCUCAAUUUCUUUGUGUUGGCUUUUAAACGGGUUUUAGUUGUUUGUGCUCAGUGAAGCUUAAGAGCUUUUAGAGGUUUUUAACAGACGAGGGACCAGAGUGCUGGCUUCCUCUUGGCUCUCAAACGUGUGUACAGUGAAUUUUUGGGAGCAUUUGGUUCUCUGUUUUAAACAUAAACCCAUGGCCGUUUAAACAAUGUGUUUUAAGUCCAUUUAGAUUUGGAGCUUUGUGUUUUUAUUUAAAACCCUAAAAUAAAAUCCUUGUUUACAAUUUUAACACCUGAAGCACAUGCCUGUGUUACUCCCUGCCUUUUUUCCACCUUUCGAGGACGUAACAAUCAUGUUAUUUGUGUAGAUGUUGGUUGCACACAUGGAAGAUCUUGCUAGAUCCUGACUGAGUCAGUUGAAGAUAUGUUUCCUCCAACUGCAAGAUGAGGAAUUCAGCAGCAAGUUUAGAUUCAACUCACUGCUCAAGGAAAUAAACUGUUUUAAAACCUGCCAUGAA